AUGCGCGGCGCCGGAAUCGCGUCGACCGCUGUGGCGGCGGCGAGCCUGUUCGCCAACACCGUCUACGCCGCCGACUUGCCCUCCAUUGUGAUCAAGGGCUCCAAGUUCUUCUACGAGAACAACGGCACCCAAUUCUACAUGCGCGGUGUCGCAUACCAGCAAGACUACUCCGGCAACGGCACCGUCUCGAACAGCCAGACAUACUCUGAUCCUCUCUCCGACGCCGAUGCUUGCAAGCGCGAUAUCCCAUACCUCCAGCAGAUCUACACCAACACCAUUCGUGUCUACGCCAUCAACCCCGACUCGAACCACGAUGACUGCAUGAAUGCGCUCGCCGACGCUGGCAUCUACGUUAUCGCCGAUCUUUCUGCUCCAGUGGACGGCUCUUCUAUCAACCGUGCCUCUCCAGCAUGGAACGACGCCCUCUACGAGCGCUACACCGCUGUGGUCGAUGCCAUGCACAACUACACCAACGUUUUGGGCUUCUUUGCUGGCAACGAAGUCUCCAACGCCCCAAACAACACGGAUGCGAGCGCAUUCGUCAAGGCGGCCGUCCGCGACACCAAGGCCUACAUCAAGGCCCAGAACUACCGCACCAUUGGUGUGGGUUACGCCACCAACGACGAUGCUGACAUCCGUGAGAACAUGGCCAACUACUUCAACUGCGGUGACCAGGACAGCGCGAUCGACUUCUGGGGAUACAACAUCUACUCCUGGUGCGGUGAUUCUUCGUUCACAGAGUCGGGCUACGACGUCCGUACCAAGGAAUUUUCCACCUACUCUGUGCCCUCUUUCUUCGCCGAGUACGGCUGCAACGAUGUCGAGCCACGUCCUUUCACUGAGGUUGGCGCUCUCUACGGCUCUAAGAUGAACGACGUCUGGUCCGGCGGUAUCGUCUACAUGUACUUCCAAGAAGCCAACAACUACGGUCUUGUCUCGGUCGAUGGCAACAGCGUCUCCACUCGCGAGGACUUCAAUAACCUGAAGACCCAGCUUGCCAGCGUCUCGCCAACUGGUGUCAAUUCGGCAUCGUACAGCCCAACCAACUCCCCAGCCUCUUGCCCAACUGCAUCAGACUGGGACGCAAAGGCCACGCCCCUCCCACCAUCGCCCAACAAGGAGCUGUGCAACUGCAUGUACAACUCGUUGGGCUGCGUGGUCACCUCUGCCACCAACACCGAUGACUACAGCGACCUCUUCGGCACUGUCUGCGGUUACGGCGACAGCAUCUGCUCUGGCAUCACUGCCAACGGCUCGACCGGCGACUACGGUGCUUACAGCAUGUGCAACUCCACCGAGCAGCUUGCGUUUGCCAUGAACCAGUACUAUCUGAGCCAGAACAGCGCGUCUGACGCUUGCGACUUCAAAGGCGCUGCAGCGACCAAGGAGGCCACCACGGCUUCUGGCACUUGCCAGACCCUCAUGUCUCAGGCUGGAACUGCCGGCACUGGCACUGUCACCACCUCCCCAACUGCCAACUCCGACGCUCAGGGCAACUCCAACAGCGGCAGUGGUAGCGGCAGUGGCUCAGGUGGCAGCUCAUCCUCUUCCGCCGCCGCUGGCCCAAUGGCCGCGGUCCCAAGCGUCGAGACCAGCCUGCUCCCAGUUGCAUUCAUGACCAUUCUUGGUCUGAUCUCUGGCAUGGGCAUGAUAUUCUUGUAA